GUGCAGGCAGGCUGACAAUGAUUUCCUCAGUGAUUACGUACAGAGCGAGUCCCUGCGGGUUAGGGGCCCCCUCUGGAGCCAUCCUGAUGGCUUUGGGGGCCUUGCUUCCAUUUUCCAUUAUUAUGUGGACUACCGGAGCGACAGCGCAGUCCAAGACCUUGCAGGUUUGUGAUGAGGAGGGAGCACACAGCACACUUCUCCUUCUCCUCCUCCUCCUGCUCCCGGCUCUCCUCCUCUCGCCGCCGAGCCAGCCGUAGACUUUAGAGAGCAACAUCCAGCUCCCAAAAUCCAGGGCUGCUACAGCGGACCCGGCUAUUCAAAAAGAAGGAGGAAAAAAAAAUCCCACCCCAAAACAAGGGGCACAGGAGAAAACAAACAAACAAACAAAAAAAACCAAACAACAACAAAAAAACCAAACAACAAAAAUUGGAGCUUUUUUUUUUUUUUUUUUUUUACUUAGAUUUAAGGGUAUUUUUUUUAAAGGAAAGGAAGGUUUUUUUAAAAAAAAUUUUGGGGUGUUUUUAAAGUAAUUUUUUUCUUUGCAUUUUCUACCCCAUUUACAACUGUCUUGACUCCAGUGGGCGAUUUUAGGGGAUUUUUUUUUUUUGGCGAUCAGUUUUUUUUUUUCUUUCUUUCUUUCUUUCUUUUUUUUUUUUUUCAAACUGUACAAAGAAUCGGUUUGUAAACAAAUCAAGAGGGGUUUUUUACACUUUUUUUUUUGCAAAGCAAAUAGAAAAGCCAGAUUAUUUUCUGUAGUUUUUGCCCUGUUUUACUCGAAUAUGUAAAUGUUAGUGGAGUAAAAUAUAUCUAUCUAUCUACAUUAUACUAACGACUGGACUCUUUUUCUGUGUCUUACGGCAUUUUGGGGGGGGUGUCUUUUUUUUAGAAUUUAAUUUGAUUUGGUGCUUUUUGAGAGGGGGGAUUUCAAAGGGGGGGGGGGUUUGAAGCUUGAAAAGUUUUGGUGCAGCUGCCUGAGCAAAACACUGAGCCCCCCGACCAGCCGCCAACGGAGAGAGGGAGGGAAGGAGAGAGCUUAGCAGAGGAGUAGAAGUCUUGUAGGGGUCUCUCAUCGGUUAUAAGGAAGUGUAGUUUCUUAUAGGGCUGAAAUUGAAACAACUUCAGCUGUUUGCUUUUAGGAUGUCUCGCCGCAAGCAAGCUAAACCAAGAUCACUCAAAGAAGAAAAUGAAACGGAGGACCAGCAGGCGGGUGUGGGACAGAUAGCCGCACAGACUGAUGCUAACUGUAAACUAGAAGACAAGGCAGAAGAUGGAGAGGUGAUAGAUUGUAAGAAAAGGCCAGAAGAAGGGGAGGAGUUAGAGGAAGAAGCUGUGCACAGCUGUGACAGCUGCCUCCAGGUGUUUGAAUCACUGAGUGAUAUCACAGAACACAAGAUUAAUCAAUGUCAACUGACAGAUGGAGUGGAUAUUGAGGAUGACCCCACUUGCUCAUGGCCAGCUUCAUCACCUUCCAGCAAAGAUCAGACUUCACCAAGCCAUGGAGAAGGUUGUGAUUUUGGUGAGGAAGAGGGUGGCCCAGGAUUGCCUUAUCCGUGCCAGUUCUGUGACAAGUCAUUCAGUCGGCUCAGCUACUUAAAGCAUCAUGAGCAGAGUCACAGCGACAAGCUCCCUUUCAAAUGCACAUAUUGCAGUCGCCUCUUUAAACACAAGCGGAGCAGAGAUCGCCAUAUAAAGCUUCACACGGGAGACAAGAAGUAUCACUGCAGUGAAUGUGAUGCAGCAUUUUCAAGGAGUGAUCACCUUAAAAUUCACUUAAAGACUCAUACAUCCAACAAGCCAUAUAAAUGUGCCAUUUGUAGACGUGGAUUCCUUUCGUCUAGUUCACUGCAUGGUCACAUGCAGGUUCAUGAAAGAAACAAGGAUGGUUCUCAGUCUGCCUCCAGGAUGGAGGAGUGGAAAAUGAAAGACACUCAGAAAUGCAGUCAGUGUGAAGAAGGCUUUGAUUUCCCUGAAGAUCUUCAGAAACACAUAGCAGAAUGCCACCCCGAGUGUUCCCCUAAUGAAGACAGGGCUGCUCUUCAAUGUGUUUAUUGCCAUGAACUCUUUGUAGAGGAAAGUUCUCUUGUAAAUCACAUGGAGCAAGCUCAUAAUGGUGAAAAGAAGAAUUCAUGCAGCAUUUGCUCAGAGAACUUCCAUACUGUGGAAGAACUGUACAGCCACAUGGAUAGUCACCAGCAGCCCGAAUCAUGCAAUCAUAGCAACAGCCCUUCUUUGGUAACUGUUGGCUACACCUCAGUAUCUAGCACCACUCCAGAUUCAAACCUCUCGGUGGAUAGUUCAACAAUGGUAGAAACGGCUCCCCCAAUAACAAAGGGUCGUGGAAGAAAGCGGGCAGCCCAACAAGUACCAGAUAUCACUGGUCCUUCGAAUAAGCAAGCAAAAGUUACCUAUAGCUGCAUUUAUUGCAACAAACAGUUAUUUUCAAGCCUUGCAGUUCUGCAGAUACACCUGAAAACUAUGCAUUUAGAUAAACCUGAACAAGCGCAUAUCUGUCAGUAUUGUUUGGAGGUGUUACCUUCACUUUAUAAUCUGAAUGAACAUCUUAAGCAAGUCCAUGAAGCUCCAGACCCAGCACUGAUUGUUUCUACCAUGCCUGCCAUGGUCUACCAGUGCAACUUCUGCUCUGAAGUAUUUAAUGACCUCAACACUCUUCAGGAACAUAUCCGAUGUUCUCAUGGGUUUGCAAACCCUGCUGCUAAAGACAGUAAUGCAUUCUUUUGUCCCCAUUGCUACAUGGGAUUUCUUACUGAUUCUUCUUUGGAAGAGCAUAUUAGACAAGUCCAUUGUGAUCUUAGCAGUUCCCGUUUUGGUUCCCCUGUACUUGGAACCCCAAAAGAUCCAGUAGUAGAAGUAUAUUCCUGUUCUUACUGUACUAAUUCUCCAAUAUUUAACAGUGUCCUUAAAUUGAACAAGCAUAUCAAGGAGAACCAUAAGAACAUUCCUUUGGCAUUGAAUUACAUCCACAAUGGAAAGAAAUCUAGAGCCUUGAGCCCCUUAUCUCCUGUAACUAUUGAACAAAAUUCCUUAAAGAUGAUGCAAGCUGUAGGUGGUGCUCCUCCACGUCCUGCAGGUGAAUAUGUCUGUAAUCAAUGUGGUGCUAAGUAUACGUCUCUGGAUGGUUUUCAGACUCAUUUAAAAACCCAUCUUGACACUGUCCUGCCAAAACUGACCUGCCCUCAGUGCAACAAGGAGUUUCCAAACCAAGAGUCGCUGCUGAAGCAUGUUACAAUUCAUUUCAUGAUAACUUCUACAUACUAUAUCUGUGAAAGCUGUGACAAGCAGUUUACUUCAGUGGAUGACUUGCAAAAACACCUGCUCGACAUGCAUACGUUUGUAUUCUUCCGCUGCACCUUGUGUCAAGAGGUUUUUGACUCCAAAGUCUCCAUUCAACUACACCUGGCUGUGAAGCACAGCAAUGAAAAGAAGGUAUACAGGUGCACAUCUUGUAACUGGGACUUCCGUAAUGAAACUGACCUACAGCUUCAUGUUAAACACAAUCACCUGGAGAACCAAGGGAAAGUGCACAAGUGCAUUUUCUGUGGCGAGUCGUUCGGUACAGAGGUGGAGCUUCAGUGCCACAUUACUACACAUAGCAAAAAAUACAACUGCAAAUUCUGCAGCAAAGCUUUUCAUGCUAUUAUAUUACUAGAGAAACACUUGAGGGAAAAACAUUGUGUUUUUGAAACUAAAACUCCAAACUGUGGAACAAAUGGAGCAUCGGAGCAAGUUCAGAAAGAAGAAGUGGAGCUCCAGACCUUGUUGACAAAUAGCCAGGAGUCACAUAAUAGCCAUGAUGGCAGUGAAGAAGACGUUGAUACAUCAGAGCCCAUGUACGGUUGUGACAUUUGUGGAGCAGCAUACACAAUGGAAACUCUCCUGCAGAAUCAUCAGCUUCGAGACCACAACAUCCGACCUGGAGAAAGUGCUAUAGUUAAGAAGAAGGCAGAGCUGAUUAAAGGGAAUUACAAGUGUAAUGUGUGUUCUCGAACAUUCUUCUCUGAAAAUGGGCUCCGUGAACAUAUGCAGACACACUUGGGACCAGUGAAACAUUACAUGUGCCCAAUAUGUGGUGAGCGGUUUCCAUCUCUUCUGACUCUUACUGAACAUAAAGUCACACAUAGUAAGAGCCUGGACACUGGAAACUGCAGAAUUUGCAAAAUGCCUCUACAGAGUGAGGAGGAUUUUUUAGAGCAUUGCCAAAUGCACCCUGAUUUGAGAAAUUCCUUAACAGGAUUCCGCUGUGUGGUAUGCAUGCAAACAGUGACUUCUACCUUGGAACUGAAAAUCCAUGGGACAUUUCACAUGCAAAAAACAGGAAAUGGCUCUGCAGUGCAGUCCACAGGGCGUGCACAGCAUCUUCAGAAACUGUACAAAUGUGCUUCUUGCCUGAAGGAAUUCCGCUCAAAACAGGAUUUAGUGAAACUUGACAUCAAUGGUCUGCCAUAUGGUCUGUGCGCUGUUUGUGUUAAUCUCAGUAAGAGUGGUAGUCCAAGUGUCAACAUCCCUUCAAGCAGUAACAGACAAGGCUUGGGUCAAAAUGAGAACUUGAGUUCCAUUGAGAACAAAAGCAAGGCAGGGGGACUGAAGACUCGCUGUUCUAGUUGCAAUGUUAAAUUUGAAUCAGAAAGUGAACUCCAGAAUCAUAUCCAGUCAAUCCACAGAGAGCUUGUUCCAGACAGCAACAGUACACAGCUGAAAACACCACAAGUAUCUCCAAUGCCCAGAAUCAGCCCUUCUCAAUCUGAUGAGAAGAAGACCUACCAGUGCAUCAAGUGUCAGAUGGUUUUCUACAAUGAAUGGGAUAUCCAAGUUCAUGUUGCAAACCACAUGAUUGACGAAGGAUUGAACCAUGAAUGUAAACUCUGCAAUCAAACAUUUGACUCUCCUGCCAAACUUCAGUGCCACCUGAUAGAACACAGCUUUGAAGGAAUGGGGGGCACCUUCAAAUGUCCAGUCUGCUUUACAGUGUUUGUUCAAGCAAACAAAUUGCAGCAGCAUAUUUUCUCAGCCCAUGGACAAGAAGACAAGAUCUACGACUGCACGCAGUGUCCGCAGAAGUUCUUCUUCCAAACAGAGCUGCAGAAUCAUACAAUGACCCAACAUAGCAGUUAGUGCAAUGCCCAUCUCUUCAGGAGAAUCCUUUGUGGCACAAAAAGGGAACACGUUUUACUCUUUGCACGAAACUUUCAUUGUUAAUGUAUAUUAUUCAGAAACAUUGUAUUGUACCAUAAAACUUGUAUUAUCGAAACUGUUGGAUGUUCAUGUGUUUGAACUUUUGAGCACCGGAUAGACUUCCUGUAUAUAACGUGUUGCACAUGUAUUAUGUUGUCUGAUACUAAAAUGGUCUUAUAAAGACAAGUGGACUUGGGCCCUAUUCAAGAAAGAUAAAAAUAAUAAUGUGUGAGGAAAAAGGCUUAAGAAAAUGUCAUUUUCAAGAAAGAGGGAGAAAAAAUCUCUAUGUUAUACUACAGCUGUUUGGCCUUCCUUUCAUUUAAACUUAAGUCUAGAAUCUCUCUCUUUUGGUAUACAAACAGAUGAAUCUGAGACUAUUUUUUAUUGCUGAAGAUUCUUGCAAAAAAACAUGAAAAGACUCUUUCUCCCAGAGCAGGAACCCACAGUUGAAUAAGGCCCGUAUAUAUAUUUGUAAGCCUUGCGAUAUGACAGAUAGCAUUACCAUAUAUGCAAUAGUUGUUAUGUAGAUUGUCAAAGAAACUUUUUUUUUCCUGAAUACCAUUUGAAGCUUUGAGUGUUCAAGACUUUCCUUAAUGAUUUCACACAGCCAAAUUCUUGACUCAGUUGAACUAACCUGUAUGUUACUGUUAUUAAUGUUUACUCUGCGGUCUGAACCUGGAGAUUACUGGAAUUGUUUUCCAAGAGGAAAUAAAUUCAGUUUACCAUUA